GGAUCGAUAUACAUCGGCUAUUUUCAUUUUCACCCCGACACGCGAGAAGAAUGACACCGCAGCUUGUGUUUACGUGUACAUUUGUGCCAUUGUUGUUUCUGUGUGUUCUAGGAAAUGAUUUAGCGAGAGGAUGGGGAGACGGUGUUGCCUGGAUGACCUUUGACGAUGGACUAAAAGCCGCUAAAGACCAGAACAAACCCCUCAUGUUGGUCAUUCACAAAACCUGGUGUGGGGCGUGUAAAGCCCUGAAGCCACAGUUUGCAGAUUCUAAAGAGAUUGAGGAGCUGAGUAAAAACUUCAUUAUGGUUCAUACAGAGGAUGAUGAGGAACCAAAGGGAGAGCAAUACUUACCAGAUGGGGGCUAUAUACCGAGGAUAUUGUUCUUAGAUCCAGAGGGAAAUGUAAGGAAAGAUUUUUACAAUGUUGGAGGCCAUGAUGAAUAUAAAUAUUACUACUUUUCACCAGAUCUCAUUGUGGCCACCAUGAAACGAGUAAUGGAGAAAAUCAACAACCCGCCCGAGGAGGAGAAAGUGACCAGUAUGUCCGACGAGCUGUGACGGAUAGCCCUCAGCCUCUCAGCUUCUUUUUUCUUUUAUAUUUUCUAUUCACACUACACAAAAAGUAUAUGCAAUAGUACCCUUAUAUUUAACUUCAUAAAGUGAUCUCAGUGUACUUACUGGCUGGACUUGAUGAUGUGCCAAGGUGGAUGUAGUGAGGGUGCGAUUUGUAGAGCGGUUGUUUUGUUGUCAUUGCGUGUCCGUCACGGAGAGAGGACCUUUAAUUCGGCACUAGUCUUCUCCGAUAUUGUGAUACUAUUCACCAUUAGCCUUAACAGGGAUUUACAUUUCAUGAACAAGGUUUUUUUUAUAUUAGUAUUUGGUGGGUGUUUAUAAUUGUAUUUGUUAUUUUUUCUCUGUAUUUUGAAUAUCUGUGUUGAAUGUCAUGAAGAUUCUGAGUGUUGGUGCAUGUUUUUACACUUUCUGCUAUAAUUUAAUUUCCUCUGAUAGUUUUUCAAUAAAACAAAUGAUAGAUAUUA